GGCGCCAUGACUACCGCCAUCCCUCUCACGACAACCUUCACGCCCCCCGCGGCCUGCACGACCGACAUACAUUUCAUCGAAUAUGUCGACGGCAACAACUUUUUCUCUGCAGUCUCCACCACCGCCGAGAUCCUCUAUUAUAUGAGUCUCGGGCCGGAGGAUUGGAGCUCCUGUUUUCCCUCGGGAUAUGCAACAUCAUCCUAUUUUUCGCCGGGGAUUUGUCCGUCGGGGUACACCCAGGACGGAUUCUCAUACAUCACCCUCGACGGGAAUGUAGAAACGCGAGCGACAUGCUGUCCGGAAGGGUAUAAUGCCCAGACAGGAACAGACUGGCCAUGGUACAGCACUAAUCCGUGUACCUCGUCGAAUCCCUCCUCCAAUCAAGUCGUCACCUUUACCUACGGCAGCACACUUUCCUCGCAGACUGGGACGUAUGGAGUCAACGCCAAGGGUAUUUCCAUUCGCUAUCAGGCGUUUAAUUUUGCAAGCAGCACAACAACGGCCACGGCAACUGCCACAGGAGCAGGAACAGCAACAGCGACAGGAACAUCAAGUACAGGAAUACAGACCAGUACAAUAACCGGUACAACAACGAGUGGAAGGACUGGGGCAAUAGGGACGAUAGGGACAGUCAGCAGUGCAAGUACGGGCCUCUCGACCGGAGCAAAAGUCGGGAUCGGCGUCGGGGCUGGGGUCGGAGCCCUCUUAUUGCUUACUGUCGCUUACCUGAUCUAUCUGGUCCGAAAGAGAAAUAAACAGCUUCAAAAUCCGCAACCGCAACCGUCACAGUCACAGCCGCAACCGCCCUACUACCAGCCCCCGUCUGAGAUGGAAGAGACGCAGUUCAAGGGGCAUCUUAUGCAGGAUCAUUAUGGUCCUGUCGAGAUGAGCGCGGACCGGUGAUAGAAUAUCCAACUGUGUAAUGCUGCAUAUAUCUCAAUAGAAUAUUCUAUAAGUCAAUUGCUUAUGGAGCACUAAUAGUAUGAACCAUAUAGAAAUAUACUGUCUACUGC